GCGUAAGGUACUGUAGUAGGACCCUGGGAAUGCACCUCAUUGCGGAGAGGCAGGCAAGCAGACAAGCAGCAGGGAGUCGGCUUUCGGCACCCAGGACUAGACUCUCGACCUGGUUUCUAUUACCCCUUCGAUACUCGUUGGCUCCAUCCAACCAUCAACUCUGUGGGGAGGCCUGUGAUGGCCGUGAUCCCUCAACCCCCUCAACCAGUUUCCAUUACCCCUUCAAUACUCGUCCGCUCCCAAUCGCUCCAAUCAACUCUGUGGGGAUGCCCGUGAUUCCGUCGCCGGUUUCCAUUACCCCUUCGAAAUACCCUCUCGCUCCAAUCAACCCUGCGGGGAGGCCUGGGGUUCUGGAGGCCUGGGGUUGUUCUGGAGUCCGACCCCGGGGCCGUCAUCAUCAUCAUGGGCUACGUGAUGCCUACUCUGGAGUUAGCAUCAUACUCCGGAGCACCAUCAUCCCUCACAGACAGGGUUCUCCGUGUUGAGAUGCCUCCAUCCUCCCCAAUGCGGUUAUCCAGAGCACCCGCGGUGGACCCGGCUGGCUUCGACCCACCGGUGCCCUCGACGACAGAGUUCGGUCUCACUCUCGGUACGAAGCCCUUUGGCCUGUCCCGUUCUGUUCAUCUGUCAGUCCUGUGUGUCUAACGCUCUCUCUCUUUAUCUU